AAUCGUUAUUCUGAUUUCUGACUUCAUAUUAUCUCAAAAAUCAAAACUUAACUAUUUAUUGUUAUUUAAGUAUAUUAUAUAUACCUUUAAUUUUCUUUAUUGAUAUGAGUUCAAUGGAUAAUAUGGCUUACAGUGUCAUAGCUGCUGUAUCAAAAAAUGGAGGUAUUGGCUACAAGGGUGAUCUACCAUGGAGAAUUAAAAAGGAAAUGGAAUAUUUCAAUCGAAUGACUACUCAGGUGAAUCAAUCAGGCCUUCAAAAUGCAGUUAUUAUGGGUCGUUGUACUUGGCAAUCAAUUCCAGACAAGUAUAGGCCACUUAAAGGACGAAAAAAUGUUGUAAUCUCUAAAACUUUAAAUGUUGUACCAGAAGGUGUUUUACUGUAUCCAAAUCUUAAAGAAGCCAUAAAAUCAUUAUAUUUAAAUGAUCAUAUCGAAAAGCUUUGGGUAAUUGGUGGUUCAGGUUUGUACAAUGAAGCUAUUAAUGACAAAAAUUGCAAGAAAUUAUAUAUUACAAAAAUUGAUCAGGAAUACUUGUGUGAUACUUUCUUUCCUGAUUUUGAUCUUAAAGAAUUUGAAGAAAUAAAUGAAACUAAUGUACCUAAAGAAGUUCAAGAAGACAAUGGUAUUAAAUAUGAAUUUAAAGUUUUUAAGAGGUUGUAAUCUUUAAAAUAUGCUAUAUUGGUAUUGUUGUAUUCAUACAUCAGAUACGUAAACAAUAAUAGCACCUAUAUAAUUAUGAAAAUAUAAUUAUUUUAAUUAUUAAUAAAA